CGGAAAGUUCGUUGAUCUAACAUUAACUGAUGAUGGAAUUAAUCAAUAUUAACUGGAAUAGCAAUUCUAACUUCCGUGUGUCAUCUCUUCUUCUUCUUCUUCCUCUUCCCGCGUAAAACCCCCCAAUUCCCGUGUUCCUCUUCCAUGACGACGUCGUUUUUGAACGGCGAGAGAGUUGUGGUGCUAUUGUUCAUCUCGUGGAUCCUCUACUCCCUCCCUCUCUCUCUCCUCUUCCAUGGUGUCGCUCUCUCUCUCCUCACCAUCGCCUCCUUCUUCCUCGAGAUCUCCUUCGAGUCUUCCAAUUUUUCCCCUUCCCCUUUCCAAACCAGGCCGGGUGCUUCAUCGGGGAUUCUGCUCGGCGCUGUCACUCUCCCUUCUCUUAUUCUCUCCAAGUUGGUACAGUCAUCACGGGGAUUCUCACUCGCUCAAUUUCAACUCGAAGAGCUUCACUAUCUGACAUUGCAAUACUGGGCCACAUCUGCCAGCGUCGUCGGUGUGCUUUUGUUCCUCGCCUUGUCUCUACGGCGUCGUUCUCAUUGGGGUGUUAGGUUUAGCUUAUGUUUCAUUUUCUUUCAAGCUCUUGUCUGCAUUGCGGCGCUUACCACAAAAUCUCAACUUGGGUUGAACCCGGCACUGAAGCUUUCCUGGCUCUUUUGUCAUGGAUUAGCAUCCGUGAAGUUGAUUCAGUAUUUCCUCAGAACUUUCCCUUCUUGUGCUUCCAUCGGCGAAGCAUUUUUGGUGUCUGCUGGUAUUGUUCUCUAUUUUGGUGACAUGUUGUUUCUUACUGUUAAAAAGCUACGUGGACUAUUGGUGUCAUCAGAUUUGGUUGCUGCAGAAUAUGAAAUAAGUCGAAGUGAAAUAAACAUUAUAAUUCAGGGGAUUGUGCUUGGUCUUCUGCUAUUUCCAAUAGCUUUGAAAUAUAUUCUCCAAAUAUGGGAGUGGUCUAUAAAUACAGCUUCUGCUGAAGCAAGAAGAUACUAUGAGAUUGGGAGAUCUCUUAUGUUUAUUGCUUCCCUUGGAUUUGUCCUGAUCGUGGUUGUACCAUCAUGGAUGCAGUUUGUGAGGGACUUUGACACGCAUCCUUUUUUCUGGGUGCUAUCCUUUGUUUUCUCAGAGCCAUCCAAAAGACUGUCAUUAUGUAUCUAUUGGGUGUGUAUAAUUUGUGUUUCUGUUUUGCGAUUCUAUAACAUCUCCAAGAACAGUAAGAUUGAGAGAAUUCUGUUGCGGAAAUACUACCAUCUGGUGGCAGUCUUGAUGUUUUCGCCUGCCCUUAUCUUCCAGCCAAAAUUUCUUGAUCUAGCUUUUGGUGCAGCUUUGGCGGUUUUCUUGACAUUAGAAAUUAUUCGAGUGUGGAGAAUCUGGCCUUUGGGACAGCCAAUUAAUCAAUUUAUGAAUGCAUUCACUGAUCACCGAGACUCUGAUCUUCUUAUUGUCAGCCAUUUCUCACUCCUACUGGGAUGUGCACUUCCUAUUUGGAUGUCUUCUGGGUAUAAUGAUCGGCCUCUUGCACCUUUUGCGGGAAUAUUGAGCCUAGGAAUUGGAGAUACAAUGGCAUCAAUGGUUGGGCACAAGUAUGGUGUUUUGAGGUGGAGUAAAACUGGCAAGAAAACGGUCGAAGGUACUGCAGCUGGUAUAACGUCUGUACUUGCUGCUUGCUCUUUACUCCUUCCACUCUUAGCGUCGACUGGAUACAUUCUCACUCAGCAUUGGUUCUCUCUACUUCUAGCUGUGACUGCAAGUGGUUUGUUGGAGGCCUACACGGCACAGCUUGACAACGCAUUCAUACCACUUUUUUUCUAUAGCCUCCUCUGUUUAUAGGCACUAGGCACAGCUCUCCCUCUUCGAAAAAGAAGUUACCUUGGAUGAGCAGUGACGAGGUUAUGCAAAUAUGUGUCCUGUCUGGGCACACAUUGUUUUUGCAGAGGUCAGAUAACUAUUAACCAAUACACUUGUACAUGACAGUUAGGGUGGGUCUACAUAUUUAGGAUUGUAUCUCUCUACAGGAAUGAUAGGUAUACGAGUGUUCAUUUAAAUGGUUGAAUACCCAACAACACACAUUUUAUGCAGGAGUGACAAUUUUCCAUUUUUUAUUAAACCAUUUGUGAGGCCAUGAGAGAGGGGAGCUGUUAACAUAUAGUGGAAGAAAUUUUUAAUGUCUUUCAUUUUUCACACGUAUAAUACUGUCUUUUUUUGACGGGUCAUGUAUGUCGGCGAAGCCCCACACACAAGAGGCAGAGUAGAAAACUGCUGAAAUUUGAAAAUGUGUCAUAAAUUAGCGCACGUGGUUUUUUAUGUAUUGUCUCUGCCCUCUAUUUGUCACAGGCGUGGUAGCAUUAAUUUUUUUUUUUCUUUUGGCAAGG